AUGUCCAGUCCUCCAGAGCAACGGAGAGUCUUGAAAAUCCCUGAUCAGCUGUAUUGCAAGCUGGCAGAAUGGUGCUAUGUUCCCUAUGUUCCGGCAGACAGUGCUGCGUCUGAGGAAUGGACUGAGUGCUUAUUGACUCAUGAGUUCACAGAUGUGACUCUGGAAGACACAUCUAACAAUUUGAUCGGGCUCCUUCGAGCUUUGGGUGCCUUUCCUUACGAUGAAGACCUAAAUGCUGUUCUAGAAGCUGUCAAAUCCUUCUCAAUUGUUGUUGGUGCUCCAUCUGAAAAGGAAGACCCCCAGGGGAGGGACGUCUUCGGUUGUCUACCAGUACUUCUUGCCGAUGCGAUUUGUCGAAUGAGUGGCCUCGAAACAAUAUCUCUUGAUCUAAGAUAUUUCACUGAUGAAGAUGGGCUAAGGCUUUAUGAUGCCAUGAUGCUUGGUCGACCGGACACUGUCUGGCAGAAAGUUCAUUCGAUAAAGAUCCGAGGUCGCUAUGUACGCGCAGCCUGCAUUAUGUGCCGCUGCAACCCCUGGAUGCUAGUCGCUCUUGACCUCGACGAGUGGUUAUACACACGCGGCUUCGAAAAGUUACCAGGGGCUCAAAAUCUUGUUCGGCUGCGCUUGUAUUACGACAAAGACCGAAUUACCAAUCCUGAGGAUGAUGAUGUGCUUUUCCCAUCAAUUCAUUACCGAACAUGGGGCUCGAUACGAUCCAAAAAACGAUCCCUAAGCUGGCUCAUUCUUCAAGAGGCAGAUCGCGACAGAAGUAACGAAUUCUCUGAAGUGCGACAUCUUCACGAACUGGAGACCGCAUUUCAAAAGGUUCUCUCAGGAGUUGGAUUGUUAGGAGUUGAACGCCUUGCUUUCCACUUUGACUACCGGCGCUUCAGUCCAGCAGUUGUCUGCAGUGACUUGGGUGUAGCGCCUACAGCUGGGUCUCUGACAGCUCAUGAGACCAUGCUAUGGCAUCGGAAGUGGAUCAAUUACCUGAUGGAAGACCUGAACCUGCAAGAAGUUUGGAUUUUCACUCACAGUUCCCUCGCGUUUGUUGGAAUCCGUAAUGAAGACAAGACCAUUACUAUCGAACGGCGCCAGUUUGACGGCGAACCAAACCAGUCGGAGGACCGGUCACCAUCAGGCCCUACUCCAGCACUAUCGCGCACGCCAGAGGGACAGUCUUGGACUUCUUUUACUACAUCAGACAAUCCUCCAGUACCUCGCCGAUUACCUAGUUCCGUCAAUUCAAGCUCGCCCCUAUCUGGUAGUAAGCGCGAGACCCCAGGAGAUAGAUCACCACCUUCGCAACGACCAAAAAGACCAAGGCCAGGCAAAGGCAACACCGAAGAGGGCAGCCCCGAACAGGAAGAUCUCACAAGAGCUCUUGCAGGUAAAUGA